AAAUAUAAGAAAAUUUAUUAAUUAUAGUUGUCUUUUCACAAGGAUUUAAAAAAAAAAAAAUCUACCUUACAGACGAAAAAGCAUCAAUUUCAUUAUUCAAAUUAUCGAACAAUACUACGAAUUUAAAAAAUACCAGUAAUUAAUCCAAAUUUCUGAAUUAUCAGCAACUCAUGGGAGGAAGAUCAGAGGAUUUCUCAUACGGCAGCGUUUCCCUCUUAAAAACCCUACUUCCGAAAAGGAAAAAUCCCAAAGUAUGGCCGGCGGCAGCCGCCAGAAAAACGCCGCCGUUGAACGACAUGACGGCGAGCAUCACCAGGUAAGCGACACCCACACGAAGACCAUGCAACAGCGUCUGCGUAAUACCUGCCACGACGUUGGCGGAAUCCGGCCGGAUGAACCGGCUAUGCGAUAGCCACUCGAUCAGGAAAGCCAUAAAAAAGACGACUACCAAGGCUACUGCAUACAUUCCGGCGCGUGUUCCGGGCCAACCCGAGAAAAGGAUCUCCGAGUUUUUGCCCCAAAAGAAAGUCAUGUGCAUCAUCAUGUGUUGGUGUUGAUUCAUUCCCAUUCCUGAGGUUCCGUUCACGUCUGGCAUAGGUGGUGUCGCCGCCGCGCCACCCAUUCCGUGCAUGUGAUCACCUUCCAUGUCUGGCUACCAGAAAAAUGAAAACUACAAACAAUUUUUCCAACGAAAAAUUGGGGUUAGGACAAAAUUAUGAAAUUGAAAAUCAAUUUUGAAAGGGGCACAAACAAUUCCGUUUUGAGGUAAUAUAAGAAGAGAAAUUAAAUUAGGGUUUCCAGAUUGAAGAGAUGGUAGUACAUUACUAUCGUACCAAAAAAAAUCAUUUGUGGUAUAGUCUUCAAUUGGGAAACACCAUAAGGAGAUUGAUCAGUUUUUUUUGGUAAAAAAGGCAACAAUUUGAUAUCUCGGCAUUCAAGUUCUUGGAAUCUACAUUAAUUUACCUUGCCCCCACCUUGUUAUUUU